AUGGCAAAUUCCCGAGUCCCCCCCCCGGUCGUCUUCAUAGCUCACGGUUGCAACUACCGAGCUGCUAAUUUCUGGGAUCGAUCCGCUCAUUGCCCGCACUGCGUCGGCCUUCCAGAAGACAGGCUGAUUGUCCUCAAUGCUCUAGGUCACAGGUUUGCCGUCAUCGCUGUUUCCAGCCGCGGAAGAUGCUGGUCUAUCGAGAAGGACGUCGGCAUUGCUAAAGGGAUACUACAAUGGUGGAUUGAGAACCACGAGCUCCAAAAGCUUCCUGUCACAGCUCUGGGAGCUUCAUCCGGUGGUUAUUUUGUUUCUGCGCUGGCAAAGGAGGUGAAUUUUAGCAGCGUGGCGCUCAUGAUUUCAGCUGGGGUGUUCGGUUCCAUGGGUGUUCCAGUUGGGUAUCCUCCCACUCUCUUUGUCCAUAUGCCUAAAGACCUGCAUGAAAAGAGGCUGAUAGAGAAGAACAUGGCUGCGUUGAAGAAGAAGGGUGUCUAUGUUAAGAAGGUCAGGUGUCUGGAGUUCCCAUUGACUGGUACGCUUCUGACGGAAAGGAUCCCUGGUUUGGAUGAGGCAGUAUCUGCCAGUGUAUUUGAGUUGUUUCAGGAGAAGGGUUUCAUUGAUGAGAGGGGAUAUUUGAAGAGCGAUGGACGAGCGACUCAGUGGAAGCAAGCUCUUAAGGAAAAGGAUCCCUCAAUGGAGAAGUAUGAAUGGCUUGAUCAUGUAGAGGAGGAGUUAAAUCUUGCGUUUGCAUACCAUGAGAUGACCAGCUUGCCUAUUGGUGAUAUUCUGGACUGGGAUGCUCGACCUGUUUCUGUUGUGACCUUCACUAACUGGAAAAUUGAAGAAAUGUCAACUUACUAUGUGCUAUUAAUAUCUAAGAACAAAGCUGUUGAUGUAACUGAUUUUGUUAUUCCCACCUAUUGA